AUGGCUGCAUUGGUGCAGGACCUAAGCCGCAUCGAUCUCGAGGGCACCAAAAGAAGCAAGGAUGAUGCACCGCUGUGCCGCACGCCUGUAAUAAAACGCAAUGAAGUCGCAUGGAGAUGGUACGAAUCGAUCGGGGCGCCAAAACUCUUCGUCGCACCGUUGGUCGGCUACAGCGAGCCGGCGUUCCGGCUGUUGUGUCGGAGCUACGGCGCUGACAUAGCAUCGACGCCGAUGAUUGAUGCGGCGGGCUACGUGGCGUCCGAGAGGUAUCGAAACGAAUUCGCGUUCACGGGCGGGAGCGAAGAUAGACCACUCACGACGCAGUUGGGGGGCUCAGAACCUGAGUCGCUCGCGGCGGCGGCGGCGCUCGUGGCGCCAUUCUGCGACGCGGUGGAACUAAAUAUGGGCUGUCCGCAACGAUGCGCUAAGAAGAACGGCUCCGGUGCCUUUCUCAUGGAGGACCUGGCGCGGGCCACGCGCUGCAUCGCGGCCAUGCGAAGCGCCGUCGACGCGCACAACGCGUCUGCACAGACACGUGUUGCUACGGUCGUCAAGAUCCGCUGUUUUGACGACGUGCCACGGACGGUCGCGCUGGCCCAGGCGCUCGAGGCUGCCGGCGCCGAGAUGAUCACGGUCCACGGCCGCACGCGCCACGCGGGCGGCGGCCGGCGGACGGCGGCGCAGCUCGCGAACUGGGCCUGGAUCCGGGCCGUCAAGGAGAGCGUCGGCAUCCCCUGCAUCUCGAACGGGAACAUCCGGCAUUCUGAGGACGUUCGCGAUUGCUUUGCCGCGACGGGCUGCGACGGCAUCAUGUCUGGGGUGGGGGCGUUGCGGCGGCCGCGCCUCGUCUUCGCGGGCGCGCGCGGCGGGCGGAACCAGGUCGCGGCGCGGUAUUGCACGCACGCACUGGCGACGCGGGCCGCGCCGCGCCAGGCCCACUCCCAUUUGUGCGGCAAGCUCGCGCUGACGGCGCCGGCGGCGGUCAGGGACCUCCGCGAUUUGAUCGACUCGCUGGACGUGUCCGGGCCCGAGACGGACCGGUCGCGGGCCACGCUUUCCACGAUCCGCGACGCGCUCCUCGCGCGGCCCGACGACGACGACGCGGACGAUGAUCUCGACGGCGAGACGCCUAUUGCGGCAGAUGGAUGGACGAAGGUCUGGCGCGACAAGCGGCUUUGA